GUCUCCAUGAUGACAACUUUAAAAUACAAACAGUAGCGAGGGGGGGUGUAAUUACCUGCGAGCAGCUACGAAGCAAAAAUGUUUAUCAGUCGUGUCCGUCGUGUGUCGUCGAUGGUAGGAAACAGCCUAGCGGGCUAAUGUUAGCUAGCCAGCUAGCAUGAACUCGGGCUGCUUUUGUUUACAUCCAGUCCUGAUGAUGGGCCUGGAUAGGUGUGUUAGCUAACCCCGCUACCCGACUUGUUUGAGGCAAAGUGUCAUCCUAAAAGCCCGCACCGUCAGGACCGGGGUCGCCCAUCCAAACCGCUGCCACCUUCGGGUGAUGGAAGUGUCCUCUCAGGAUCCAUCUCUCAUGGCGAUGGACCUGUCGAAGGGCUACUCAGUCAACCCCCUGACCCGCAGCCACACUGAAGCCAUGGACCUGGCAAAGAAGCCCGAGUGGUACCACAGACGCCUCCCGAGCUGCAGCACAGAGAUCAGCUCCCCGUUCAGAUCCAGGGCCUCGUCCUCCUACAACUCUCUGCACCCCGAGCAGGGCGCACCUGUCCACUGCAGAGACAUGGAGCAGCGCCCGGAGGCUUUAGGCAACUACAUGAAUCCAUCACUAGCUCCGGGGCUGGAUCUGUACGGCGACGGAGUUCACGGCAACCUGUGGCAUCCGGGUUUCUACGGGCCCGACCAAACCGGCGGACCGGUUCCUGAAAGCAGCGGCGGAGAGGAGAGCGACAGCGGCUCUGAUGUUAUUUUCCUGGUCUCCUCGGCGAAGGAGCCGCUCUUAUGCAGUCCUUUCAUCCAAGACAGCGUGAGGCACAUCGUGGAGCCCCUGUCCCCGGCUGUGUCCUCGCUGGAUGAAGGGCGAGGCUGCUAUCACCUACCUCAGCCUCUGAGCUCACCCAGUCCUGAUAGCUCCUACUCAGAAGACUCCUCAGACAGCUCAGUGGACAUUCCUGUACAUCACACCAGACCCAUAGUCCUCCUGUCAGACCUCAGCGCUGUUUACGGCAACCCCGCUGAAUCUCCGGUAGACAUUUCAAGCGAUGACAGCGACGUUAUCGAAGUUUCAGUCACUAAUGAGAAGAAGAAGAGCAACACGUUCCCUUGUAAGAAAAGUGUUCCUUGUAAGAAGAGUCUGGCGAGAGAAACUCAGAGCGAGAAUGAAAAAGCUCCGCCCCGAGAAGUACGACGCAGUACCAGAAUCCGGAAGUCUGUGUCUGAAGUCCCUCAGUUUACCUGCAGCGUGUCUCGCCACAGUCUGAGGAGGCGGGCCAAAAACGACGCGGUGGGUAUCUAUAACGAGAGCUGUGACUCAGAUGACGUGAUGGAGUACGCGGUGAAGCUGUCCAGCUCAGAUGCAGACGAGUCGGUCUCGCAGCCAAACGUGUCACAGAGAGCGAGCAGUAAGUCAGAGGAGUCUGGUGUGGACAUUCGGACAGACAGGAAGUCGCCGCAGAGAGAGACGCACGAGCAGCAGCCUCAACGCAAAGCGGCCCACGCGAAAAGCGUCGAUCAUAAACGAAAAAAGCCCCUCGCUAUUCGUAAAACCAAAAAGUUGAGAAGGACUGAACAGAAACAAAGCAGAACAGUCCCGCCAGAGCAGCGUCAAGGGAACAAGUCUGCAAACACAAAAACUGUGGUGAGGCGAAAGAAAAAAAGGCGAACACAGGCGAGACCUUCUGCUCAGUUUCCCCCCAGAGAGCCAGAAAUCAAGCUUAAAUAUGCAAACAUCAAAGAGGAAAAAAAGGACAAGAAAUCGGGCAGUUUUUGCCCCUUUGUUCACAUGGAGAAGAAGGUGUGCACUGUUGUCAACUAUCAGGAGGAGGAGGCGACAGUGAGGAGCAGCAGAGGAGGACAGCAGCACACCAGGUCUCUGUCGGGGUUUGUCCCGAACACUUCCUGUUUCCAGCUGGGCCGGUUCAGCUCGGAAAGCAGGUGUCAGGCCACGCUGGUGUGCUGCCUGUGCGGCCAGACUGCCAACGCCAUGGGCCUCGGGGACCUUCACGGCCCGUACCAUCCCGCCAGCCCGUCGCUGGACUGCCAGAACCAGAACUGCAGGACUGAGCAGAAAGAGGAAGAACAUUCGCGUGGACUCGUCAAAAGCCUUUCACUGAACUCCUCAGAUGAUGGUUGUGAUGGUUGCGAUGUUUCUGCUGUCAAAAGUUUGCUCGAGAGCAGCAACCACUCUCUCCCAAAGGUGCCUCUUCGUCUGCAUGAGUGCUGGAUCCACGAGGACUGCGGUAUCUGGUCCGCCGGAGUCUUCCUGGUCAGAGGGAAGCUGUACGGGCUGGAGGAGGCCGCCCGGCUCGCACAGGAAACAGUGUGUUCAGCGUGCCAACAAACAGGUGCAAUAAUGGGCUGUUUUCAGAAGGGUUGUCCCAGAAAUUAUCACUACAGAUGUGCCAUUCAGUCAGGCUGCGUGUUAAACGAAGACAACUUCUCGAUUAGAUGUCCAGAGCACAAGAACAAGCUGUUCACAAGUGUAACCAGACAACACAAGAGAUGACGCGGGAGACGUCUGGGGGCACUGGAGAACGAUCCACAGAUCUCCUCAGGGUGCGACGUGAUCUGCCUGCUUUCACCUCUGCAGUUUUAUAACACUAAUUAAUAUGAGUGUGUGUGUGUGUGUGUGUGUGUGUGUGUGUGUGUGUGUGUGUGUGUGUGCGCGCGCUCAAGCAGAAGGAAAACCUUCUGGUAAGAUUUCACUCGUCAUUAAAGACAGAUCAACCAGGGGCCACUUAAAGAUUUUUAUAAGAUGUGUCUUUGUUCUGUUUCUGUGUGUGUGUGUGUGUGUGCGUGCGUGCGUGUGCGUGUGUGUGGCUAUUUAUUCCUCUUAUUGAAGACCCACACUUGGACUAGCCAUGUCACAAACAGUUUAUUAUUUGAGCGUAAUUAUUAUAAUUAGAGUUUAAAUAAGCUUUAUUGAUUUGUUGUAUAGAAUAUGAUAUCUUUAUAAAAGGCCACUUCUUUUCUUUUUACAGUUUUUGUACUACUUUUCUAUUGCUGUUAGUGCUUCGGUCAUCACCUAACCAACAUAAUUUAUUUUCAUCAAGUUGCAUGCACAGUUGAUGUUUGCUACGAUGCACUUUAUAGUAUAAUUUUACUCUCAGUUGUUAUUUAUGUCUGUUUGUAGACUUUUGUUCUUCCCUUUUUACUUAAAUUAUUUAAAUUUAAUAUAAAGCUGCACUAAGCAAGAUUUACAUAUAAUAAUAUUGGAUUUCUGUCUAAAACAAAAAGUAUGGCUGCAACAGAGAACAUCUCACCCCCUGCCAGAGACCACAAACUGUACAUUCACCGUGAUUCAGCAGAGAUAUUCCUGGUGUCAGGUUUGGAUGCUUCUCUGCUCACGGGAUGUGGAAACUUAAGAUUGACAAACAGAACAAAAUGUCUCAGUGAGAGUUGAGUCCAGAAAAAGAAGCAAACGUCAGUGUUCAGUCGCUGAGCUGGUAAAUUCUUCUGUUAUGUAAGUUUAGUUAAAGGGUCAGUUCAAUGAAAGCACUCAAACACAAGUGCUCUGACUCAGUGUGAUGACGUUAUUAGAGCUGAAACGUUAUGUCAGCUGACACAAAAUUCAUUCACAGACUAUUUGAAUGUCUCUUUGGAACUUCAGUUCCCAUCAUUUUGGAGCUUUCAGGGAUUUAAACAGGCAGUGUAAUGUUGCCAUGGGCGUUUUUGGCAAAUUAGCACAAUAGAAAGUAUGCCGAAUUAGGUAUUAGCACUUCCUGUGUACGGUGAACCCAUACAUGUACACACAACUGCCACUGGAUUACUUUGAUACUGAAGUAAACUUAAAAAUGUCAUGAUUCUGAGGCUAGUUCUGGAGUUAUAAAGGAACAUCUUUCUUAAGCGACAGAAUUGGCUUCAGUUGAAAAAUGUGCUGUGGAUGAUCCACAGACCAGAUACGUUUCUGUGUUUCGGCUGAACUGAUCCUUUAAUUUGUUUCACAUGUAGAUGCCGUGUAGAGCUGAAGUCGCCUAGUGCAGCUUUAAUGAUCCAUAUUUGUACGAGCUCCUUGUAUUUCAGUUCACAUUGUUGUUACUGUGCUGGUGGACAGGCGACAAACAGGCAGUUAAAGCUGUUUAAAAAGGAAGGUUUGAAGUAAAUUGUGGGGAGAUUGUUUUCAUGCCUGCACUUUUUUUUAUUUGAGAAUUAAAAAGAUAAUGUUAUUUAAUAAAACGAAUAAAACUGAACCCAUGUCUUUCUCAUGUAAUGGAAAAAAUGAUUUAGACCCACUGAUUUUUGCAGUGAACU